GGAGGCUUUGACCUGGAAGUGAAAGGCUGGGGCGUGGAGGACGUCCACCUGUACAGGAAGUACCUGCGGAGCGACCUGAUUGUGGUCCGGACCCCCGUGUCGGGUCUGUUUCACCUCUGGCACGAGAAGCGGUGCGCGGACGAGUUGACGCCGGAGCAGUACCGCAUGUGCAUCCAGUCCAAAGCUAUGAACGAGGCCUCCCACUCCCACCUGGGAAUGCUGGUUUUCCGGGAGGAGAUUGAAUCUCAUCUCCGCAAACAGGCCUUCAAGACUCAGAGCAAAGCGGAGGAGUGAGGAGACAAAACUCCUCUCUUCUACACCAUCCACACUACAGCAGACACGGAUCCCUCCGUCGUGGGAGCAAAGCUGUAGACGAAUGAAUGUAUGACCUUCAUCAAAGCAAUGUGAAAGUCCACUGAACACGAGUCUUACAUGAACCUUCAAAAACUCAGCAGAACCAACAGAACCACAGUAUAGUAGAAGUGGACCAGCAUGCAGACUCUGAAGGACCAUCCUGCUUUAUCUCUGCAGCUUCUUUUCUCUUCUGAAGCCGUCACAGCAGCCGCAUGUCUUAUUUAUUCUGAGAGCAAAGAGGCGUCGCACUUUCUCUGAAGGGACGUUUAGGUAGAAUCCAUCUCUGCUGUCCUUUAUUUCAAAGUACAAUCCUGAGGACGUCGGGGUUUGGCAGUUUGACAGAAGGUAGUAGUUAUAUUAUUUAUAGGUUUCACUAAUAUUUUGGCUAAAAAGGGACCCCUUAGGUAUUUUUAAAUGUUUUCUCUGUAUUUUUAUUUACACAUCUGAAAGUUUACUUGAAAACGAGAACCAGAAGGAUCAUUUUUAGCAGAUCGGUUUGGUGUUGAACUCAGUCCGCUGAAUGUUCUCGUCUGUAAAUACGUUCCAACACGACUUUUGGAUUUUUGUUGAACUUUGGUUCGGAUGUGCCUUCAGGCUCAGAUGUUGUGUUGAGUGUUCUGUUGCCUCCACGAGCCGCUCCAUCCUCCUCGCAGCGAUCCCAUCCGCAGAGCCGUCAUUUCCCGUUUCUCAGUAGACAGUCUCAAACUCCUCGUUCUUCAGGAGAAACGCGUCUUCCGCUCAGCAACACAAAGCGCUAAAGACUCGAGCAAUGUAAUGAUUUAUUGUCAAAUAAAACUGUAAUUGGUGCCA